ACGUUAUGACAGUGAGACAAGAAAAGACACUGUGAUGUUACGUGACGUGCGUUUUAGCCAAGACCAGAGUCGAUAUGCGGAAAUCUAUGUAUUCAGUUUGCAAAGGCUUUGUGUCAGCAGCAGUUUUGUAUAUAACCAGGGACAGUGAGCCGUGAUGAGGAUCUCCACUCAUAAACUGGGACAGCUGGCCAUCUUCACCACCGCGCUGACCGGCGGUGGGGUUGGAACCAUGUACUAUCUACAGCAAAAAACCUUCGCCAACGCCGACUACCACAGAUUUGCUAUAGAGAAACUGAAAGCAUGCACAGUCGCCAUGGAGAUGCUGGGAGCACCGCCUUUAAAAGUCCAUAACAUCCACCUGACUGACGCGCACAACCGGGUGGAUCCACAAUCUGCACGGCUGAAGAUCCCUGUGACGGGUUCAAAGACUGGAGCUUACCUGUACACGUCCUCCUCUAGAGAUGCUGAGACCAGAACAUGGAGUUUGAGACAAGCAGUUCUGAUGCUCCGUGAAGGACAAAUCAUUGACCUGUUGAAUCCUCCAGCUCCACCGAAGGAGCCUCUGGACAAGAGUGAAUGGCAGUGAUGGGUGGACGUUGGUGAAGUACAGAUGACUCUUUCUGAGAUGGACGAUGCGGAUCUAAGCCUGUGGAAGACCUUUUUGAGUCGUAUGAGGAAAUGUUUUGAUCAUGAAGCCAACGCCACUUCAUUUGGACCGAUGGUGUUGGAUUCUUUUGGCAGGGGAAAAUUGACCACGUGCCUCAGGAUGAUGGGUAAGCCAUAAAAAGUAACACUUGAAUUGGUCAGUUUCAGAAUUGGACUAAAGUCAAUGGACUGCUACUCUGCAGGAGUAACACACAACAAAUUUAGCACUAAAAUACAUCACAGUGUGCCAGACAUUUUAACAGAAAUGACCGAAUUGAGGGAAUUGUUACCUUGUUUUGAUUUUUCAAUCGUCCACGGCAAACAGUAACAAUAUCCCGUGUGGAAAUAAAUAGUUUCUCAAAUGUCUUCAGUAAAUCUUU